GGAGCAGGGAAGAGGAGGAGCGGCGGCAGCGGAGGCGGGAUGACCCCGCCGAUGGGCGCCCUUUGGCGCUGGCUCAGCCGCGGCGCAGUACAAUAGGCGGCGAGCCGUGAGCUGUCGGGCAGGCUGCGUGGAAUGAAUGCGAGCGGGCUGGAGCGCUCGUCGGCUUGGCGCUCGCUCGGCCGUCGGCGCAGCGAGCGGACGACAGGGGGCGGCUCCAGGUUCCGCGGCAGCGUGAUCGGCCUCGGCCAGCUGGGCACAGCCUUCGCCUAGGAAGGGAGGGAGCCGCGGACUGCUGCUGCUGCUGCUGCCGCCUCUCCUGCGCGUAUGGAGCCUCCCAGCAGGAAACUGUGAAGGGUGACCCAGGCAGGCAGGCGGGCGGGCGGAGUCCCCAAGGCACAAUGUCGGACGCGGCGCUUGGCUGAGCCCCGCCGCGAAGGCAAGGCGAGGCGACAGGCGUGCCCUGAGAGGGAAGGAGCGAGCGUGCGAGCGGGAUUCAGCCGCUGGGAUGAGCGCCUCGGCUGCCACCGGCGUCUUCGUCUUGUCCCUCUCAGCCAUCCCCGUCACCUACCUCUUCAACACGGUGGCCGCCACCGGCGGCUCCUGGGUCAUCGUCACAGCCGGAUUGAUGAUUCUGAUCUUAGUGGGUCUAGCAGCCCGAUUUCUGGUGAAAAGAAAACCCCCACGAGACCCAUUGUUCUAUGUCUAUGCCGUAUUUGCUUUCACUAGCGUUGUGAAUUUGAUCACUGGGCUUGAACAUGAUGGAAUCAUAGAUGGAUUCAUGACCUAUUAUUUGAAAGAGGGCGAACCGUACCUGAACACAGCAUACGGCCACGUGAUCUGCUACUGGGAUGGCUCUGCUCAUUAUCUCAUGUAUCUCUUGAUGGUUGCAGCUAUUGCAUGGGAGGAAAGUUACCGGACGAUUGGCCUAUAUUGGCUGGGCUCCAUCGUGAUGAGUAUCAUUGUCUUUGUGCCUGGAAACAUUGUGGGCAAAUAUGGAACGAGAGUUGGUCCUGCAUCUUUAUUAAGUAUACCGUAUAUUUGUCUCCCAAUAUGGGCUGGUUUCAAAAUCUGUAAUCAGCCUCCAGUGAUUGGUGACUCUCCAGCCAAGGUGAUUCAAGAAGUUCAGCAGAAGAGACUUUUGAGAAGGCCUCUAGACCUCCUGUUGGCUGUAUACUUCAUCUUUGCAACUGCUUUUUGCCUGUUUAGAGGCCUAGUUGCCUUAGACUGCCCGAUUGAGCUCUGCCGACUGUACAGCCAACUUCAUGAGCCAUACAUCAAGGAUCCCGCUGCUUAUCCAAAACUUCAGAUGCUGGCAUAUAUGUUCUACUCUGUGCCCUACUACGUAAUCUCACUUUAUGGUUUGCUUGUGCCUGGGUGCUCCUGGAUGCCAGAUUUAAGCCUCAUUCAUGCUGGAGGACUAGCCCAGGCUCAGUUUUCACAUAUUGGUGCAUCUCUUCAUGCUAGAACACCGUACAUCUACAGAGUCCCCGAAGGAGGAAAGAUGUGGUUUCUAAUACUCAAUGUAACCUAUGGAGUCCUUCCUCAGCUGUUGGCUUACAGGUUUGUCCACAGUCCAGAGUUUUUCUUGAAGGCAAAGCCAGUAGAGAAGACUGACUAGGAAACUGGAAUGGCAUCUUUAAAUUUUAGGUAACUGAACCGCUGUUGCAAACUCCAUGAGAGCAAGAAAAAGUCUUGAUGAACCAGGAAGGCCAACACAUUUAAUAUAGUAUAAGCUUUUGUGCACUACAGUCCAAUUCUGCUGUAGCCUAUAUUGUAGCCUAUAUGAAAUGGACUACAGUCCACAGAAGCUUUUGCCAAAAUAAAGUUGUUGAACUUUAAGGUAUCGUAUGUAUCUUCGUUGUUUUUCCUGCAAAAGACUGAACACAGCUGCUACUCUACAACUCCAUGAGAUUCAUCCCAAAAGACACGUUAGCUCUGUGUUCUGUAUCGCUGCAGGAAAUAAAGACGACUUCUGUCUUUUGUA